AUGAACUUCUAUUCUCUUUUCGUCUUCAUCGCUUUGAUCUUCUCUUUCAACGUUGUUCAUGGUCACAGAUGUCAUCGUGGAGGAAACGGUGGAUAUGGAGGUGGAAGUGGAGAAGUUGUUGUUAUUGGAGCUGAGAAACCAAAGGACAAGUAA